GACGGUAGAGGAAGAAAGCAGUGGGUUGGUGGGGAGGAAUGUUUCUCGAGAUUCUAGGUGAGGAGUCCCAGAACUUCUGUGGCGUGUGUUGACAGGACGGACUCAGAGGUUUUAGUCACUUGACCAGAAGGAGCCAGCGUCUCUGCAGAGCCCGACCUGUUUGUGGUGAGGCAGAAGGUGGCUCAGGUUGAGUGAGCCCCGGGUCUUCUGGUAGAAGUCCAUCUGAGAAAGCCAGUCCUUUUUCCGUAGAGACCUUAGGGAUCAGCUGAUGCUUUAGUGGCUUAAUGGCCCAGCGGGCAGUGUGGCUCAUAAGCCGCGAGCCGGGAACUCCAUUUUGUGGCACCGUCAGAUUCUCCAGACGGUAUCCAACUGUUGAAAAACGAGCCAAAGUCUUCAAUGGAGCAAGUUAUGUGCCUAUUCCUGAAGAUGGUCCCUUUCUUAAAGCACUACUCUUUGAACUUAGAUUAUUGGAUGAUGAUGAGGACUUCAUAGAGAGUCGUGAUAGCUGUUCACACAUCAAUAAAACAUCCGUCUAUGGGCUCCUCAUAGGAGGUGGAGAACUCUGGCCAGUUGUUGCUUUUCUGAAGAAUAACAUGAUAUAUGCUUGUGUUCCACUAGUUGAACAAACUUUAUCCCCUCAUCCACCGUUAAUUAGCAUUAGUGGAAUUUCACAAGGCUUUGAACUUCUUUUUGGAGUACAGGAUUUUCUUUCCUUGAGUCAAAAAAAUGACACUGAGCUAAAUACAAAAUUGAACCAAUUACCUGAUUUGCUUCUACAAGCUUGUCCAUUUGGAACUUUGUUGGAUGCCAAUUUACAGAAUUCAUUGGAUAGUAUUAAUUUUGCUUCUGUGACUCAUUCACAAAAACAGCCAGCCUGGAAAGUUGGAACAUACAAAGGAAAACCACAAGUUUCUAUUUCUAUCACCGAAAAGGUAAAAUCCAUGCAAUACGAUAAACAGGAUAUAGCAGAUACAUGGCAGGUCGUUGGAACUGUCACUUGCAAGUGUGACUUAGAAGGAAUCAUGCCAAAUGUUACCAUCAGCUUGAGUCUCCCCACCAAUGGGUCUCCACUUCAGGAUAUUCUAGUUCAUCCUUGUGUGACUUCUCUUGACUCUGCCAUUCUGACUUCUAGUAGCAUUGAUGCAAUGGAUGAUUCUGCAUUUAGCGGACCUUACAAAUUUCCACUCACACCUCCCUUAGAGUCAUUUAACUUAUGCUACUAUACCUCCCAGGUCCCUGUUCCACCGAUUUUGGGUUUUUAUCAAAUGAAAGAGGAAGAAAUACAAGUAAAAAUAACAGUUAAUUUAAAACUUCAUGAAAGUGUGAAAAAUAAUUUUGAGUUCUGUGAAGCUCAUAUACCUUUUUAUAACAGGGGUCCAAUCACACAUGUGGAAUACAAAGUGAGUUUUGGCCAGCUUGAAGUAUUUCGAGAGAAAAGCUCAUUGGUCUGGAUUAUUGGACAGAAGUUCCCCAAAUCAAUGGAAAUUAAUCUUUCUGGAACUGUAACUUUUGGAGCCAAGAGUCAUGAGAAGCAGUCAUUUGAUGAGAUUUGCAUUGGAGGUACAGCAUAUUUAAAGCUUCAUUUUAGGAUCUUAGAUUAUACACUCACUGGUUGUUAUGCGGAUCAGCAUUCAGUUCAAGUUUUUGCAUCAGGAAAACCAAAAAUAAGUACACACCGGAAACUAAUUUCUUCUGACUAUUACAUCUGGAAUUCUAAGGCUCCUGCUCCAGUAACAUAUGGAUCAUUAUUACUGUAAUUAUCUCAUAUUUAUAUAGGAUUUAUAUAAUGGUAACAUAGUUUAAAUCAUUUGUCUUUUAUUUUUAAUGUGUAUGCAUAUAAACUAUGAAUGAAAAAAAAUCAUUGAGUGAUUUAAUUAUAAAAAUGUUAUUGUUUAAUGUUUUUAGAUUGACAGUGUUUGAAAGAACAUUUUAAAGGCUAAUGUCUCCUAUUUUGUUACCCUUUGAUUUUAUUCAAAUAAGAUUCAGAGCAUAAAACAGUCAUGAUUCACUUUAGGCUUAUUUUAGACUAGCCCUGGGUCACUCUACCAUACAUGCUCUUUCCUGUCCCUGUGGCAGACAUGGCCAAUCAGUCACAGGCUUCUUUCUCCACUGAGCCUUCCUGGAUACGGGCUCAGUCUCCUCAUUGCAAAGGUGCAGGCAGCCAUUCCCAAUGGAUUGUAGAUGAUGUGCAAGAUAAAAAACUCUUUAACCUUUCAAACCUGAGUAGUAAGCUCCUAGUACAAUGUGUUGUUACAGAAUACCAGAUACCACAUCAGAAACCACUGUCAGUCUCUUGGAAAAAAACCAAAAACAAAAAACAAAAAAACAGUCAAUGAAAACAAAGUAAUGUUGUUUAAUUAGUAACCUGUUCUUAAUCAGAACUAUCUUAUUGACUAAUAAAGAAUCUGCAUAAUUCUAUAUAAGGUGCUUGUUUAUCUGUUCUAGAGUUACUUUACUUUUCAGGUGAACUUAUUAAUCUGCCACAACAACAUUUUGCUCAGGAUGUCAGUAAGCAUACUAAGAGGAGUGGGAUACCUUCAAAAAAUGAGCAUAGUGUUUUGUGAUCACUUAAUGCGUGCAAAUUUUUAAAAAUAAGUUUAGGAAUAAUACUGUUUUUCAUGUUUAUUAUAUGAAAGUUCUUAAUGAAUUCAGGUAAAAAUUCAAAAGCUGUUCUGUGAGUAGAGAGUAUUAAUCUUAUUUCAAUCUCAUGUAGCAUAUUUUGUCACUCCUGCUUUCUUAUUAGCAUUCUCUUGAUUUCUUUAGGAACCAUCUAUACUCUUUAUUCUCUACCUGUCUUUACAAUUAUAUGUCUCAUUCUAUUUUAAACAGUUCAUUGUCAAGUUGGACUUUAAGUGACCAUUCAAGAAAACAUGAAAUCUCAAGAUCCUUAAAACUUAAUCCAUGUCAAGUUUCUUUUUACAGAAUAGCAUUAGAAGCAUUAUAAAAAAAUAUGCAUUACAGAUUAAUAUUCAAUUAAAUUAUCUCUUGGUUUCUAUUUCUUAAUGAGUCUCCUAAGGAAGAGCUUAAAGAAAGCUUCUAACUCCUUGAAAGAGAGCUAUGAUAGUUUGAAGGGAUAUUGCAAAUAAAUUUAGGAUUUAAAAUAUGAUUUUUUAAUUAGGGUCAAUCUCACUCAUUAUAAAUUCUCAUUUUCUCAAGGCAUUAUCAUGGCAGAAUGCUCCAUGUUCAAAAUUAUCCCAAGUAACAAAGAAAAUAGAAUAACUGCCUGACCAGGACUUUAACUUAUUAUUCUAGCUUAAUCAUAGAUAAUCAGUAGUAAAAACUUUUCUUUUGAAAGAAGGAAAAAGCCAUUUCCCUUAAGUUAUUUGAUCUCUCUUAAACUCAAGGGAAGCUUAACAUUUAACUUAUGUUAAUAUUAAUGGAGCCAUUUGGACAUCUUGAUUAUUGUAUAAAUGUUGGGUAGAGUACACUAAGAUAGGCAAGAGGCAUUUAUCUAGUAAGUACACAGAUAUUCAGUAUAAUAAUCCCCUAGGGAAAACUUUCCUUACAAGCUAUCAGAAAAACCAGUGAAUCUUUGGUUUGACAUUUCUAGAAGCCUGAGGAAAAUGUAGGGAGUCCUGGAAAAGUAUAGGGCGAAGGGGAACCUGAUGCCAUCUGUUGCCAUUCCAUUCUAACAUAAUGCUACAGAACUAAAACCAACUCAUGUUUUCAUCCUGUUGAGAUCAGCUGGGCACACUGUGAUGCUUUUGAUUUUGUCUAGAAACCUGUCACUUCAGGAUAAUUUCUGAAGACAAAGUCUGUUUCCCGUUUGGUAGGUGACCUGUUUAAUGUUUUCCCUGUGUCUGGGAACUCCUUAGUGUAAUUAGCGACCUUUGAACUCCACAACUAAUCCUGAGCUAUUUUGUAUUCCUUACUCAUCUUUAAGGCUGGACCUUUCUUUUCUUCAGAGUCCGCUGCCACAAUUAAAGAAGAAACAGCUGCAUUUCAAAGGGAUUCCGAUUCCAGAAGCUUAAUCGUGAUUGACAUGUUCUUAUUCUAAGCUAUAAGACACUCUAAGAGUCCUUUCUUGGGUUAAAACUUCAAUCAUUUUCUAAAAAAUUAUCUCACUAUGGAUUUUAUUCAUUUUCUUUGAUAACUAUUCUUUGCAUUUUUUAACUUGAAAGAUGCUUUGCGUUUGUGGUGAAUAUGAGCAUCUACUUCCAGUUAAAGAUUUGGACGGUGUCAGACAUACUCUAGACGCAAAAUUGCUAAAUUCCCUUUUAGUGCCAAAAUAUGAUUAUGAAAUCUGAUGUCUGUCGUAAGGGUAAUUAUUCUUCAGUAGACCCCAAAGGUACAAAAAGUGUUAAAUUUCUGAAAACGGACUCAAAAAAAUAGUUCAUGAUUUUCAUAAAACCCUUCUUCAUUUUUUACUAAACAAUAUUUUUAAAACUUUGUAAAGCCAGCAGUACUCUUAGGGUAUAAGUUAAUACCUUUACACUGGUGGGCACUUUUUACUUUUCUUUUUUAGAUAAUCAGUGUGAACCUCAGGUUUGAAGUAAAUGGCCUUCUCAGAAAUUCUUAAGAGAAUUAUUUAUAUAAAAAGGCUUUUUUGAUUAAAGAAUAGUCUGUCUCAUAAACUAAUUUUUUCACGCGAACUCAGUGUUUCUCAGUUAAAAUUAUUGUCGUUUUUAUACAUUGUGUGAUUUAAGAUCUUUCAAAGCACAAUUUUAUAUACAGUAACAACUAAUAUUUUCUUUCAUGUUGUAUUAUAGUAUUUCAGGCUGCUUUAUAGAUAUUCAUAUACCCCUGUACCACCCCUGAGAGGUAGGUAGGUCGAGUUAUCAUCCAGAGCCUCUGUGGGGACUGCUGCCAUAGCAGAACGGUCGUU